AAUCUUUGCAAAUUGAAAACGGUCUCAUCGACUCAUCCCACCGCUUGCUGUGCUGAGUGAUGACGAGAGCUCUCAGGUAUAGUGGAGUCAUCGUGACUGACGACUCUGAGUCAGAAUGUCACAGCCAGUCUGGCGGUUUAUAAAGAGCACCCCAUUACUUAGGGGAUGUCUUUGUCGUGCUCGUCUUGCCACCUGCACCACAACCCAAUUUAUCAGACCUAACUCGUUUUUUUCUGCCGUUACUGCAAGGAUGUCCACAACUACCGUUAUGACUGCCCCCCUUGCUGCUGCUUCCUCCCAGGACGUCACUCUCCCCGCUAUCCCUGAGCUCACCAAUCCCGACUUCCUUGACGUUCUCCUUCCUGUUUCUGAGGAUGCUAGCCUUAUCAAAAUGAUCCCCGAAAAUUCUCCACCACAACUCAAUGCUAUGAUGGAUGCGCUCCGUUCGACUGCUCACCACAAGCUUACUGAGAAUUAUUCGCCUGCCUUUAGUUCCACUCUUUCGGCCACACUCGAUGCAUUCAAUGGCAUACGUCCUGGUAUAUCUGGGUCUGUCGUUGAUGACUAUCUUUCCAAGGCCUGGGCUGAAGACCCAGCUCUCACCCUCCGAAUUAUCUGGUCUCUCAGGAGCAUCCAUGAUGGGAAAGGCGACAAGGAGCUCUUUUACAUGGCGUUUGGCUGGCUCUUCCAAUAUCAUCCUCGCACGGCUCUUUCCAACCUCCAUCUUCUUGUAGAGCCUGUCUGUACUCGCCUCCGUCCUGUCAAAGGCAAAAGUACCAAGAAGCGCGUGAACAUGUCUCACGGGUACUGGAAGGACCUGCUCAACAUUCUCGCAUUGGCUACUGUCGACGAGCUUCAUCCUGCCCCUGAUCAAUUCAGCUUCCUUCAUAAUUAUACACCUCGCAACUCUCGCCCUAAAUUCAAGUCUAAUGCCGAGCAGGAAGCAUGGUCGAGGGAAAGGCGCGUUCAGACCUAUGGUUUGAACCACGCACGAAUUGUGGAGAAGCUACGGCAGCCAAAGUAUCGUGCUCUGUAUAUCGCGGUCUCCAGGCUAUUUGCAGAUCGGCUUGUCAAAGAUGUCUCGAUUCUUCAUGAGCUAGCCUCCCUUCCAGCGGAUGCGGAACAGAAGGACCGCGUAUCUCUCAUAUUUUCGCUCUCCCUAGCGACAAAAUGGGCACCCUCUCCUGGGGGGUCGCAUGAUAGGGUCACAAACAUCACCUCCGCUAUCUGCAUCCUCCUGCACCAUGCUCAAAUAACAUCUUGCCUUGCGCACAAAAUCCCUGUCACACUUUCCCCCAGUGCCCUGGAGUUGCAUGUGUUGCGUUCCUUCCUCCGCCGCCACAUCCUUUCACCUUCUCGUCGUCUCAAGUCCCUCCCCGAGCCCCUCAUGUCCGCUAAUCGCUGGUCCGAAAUCGUCUACUCCCGUGUUUCAUCCGUCUGCAUGGACAACAAUAAGGAACAUUUCUUCAAUAACGAUCCUGACCGAUUUGUUUCUUAUCUGACAGAUGUGGAAUCAGGAACGAAGCAGAUUAGUGGUGCAACGCUCCUCCCGCACGAGCUUGUCAUGCAGGCGGCGGCAUUCGUGCGGCAUUCGCCAGUGGAAAGGAGGCAAUCCCUGGAAGGUGCCAUCGAGGAGCACAAGCGUAAGCUUGUGGAGACACAAGCGCGUGUGGUGGAGGCACAGUGGGCAACGCUUCUCGAGCGUCUGCGCGAGGCUGGGGAACUAGACAGCUGCAUUGCCGUCUGUGACGUCUCGGGGUCCAUGGGCAGUGUCUACUCUUCCCAUGGCGGUUCACGCCGGUACUCUGUAUAUCCCAUCUGGCCUGCUAUUUCCCUUAGUCUUAUCUUGGCGCGUCUUGCGAAGCCGCCUUUCAAGGACGCGUUCAUCACUUUUUCUGCGAAUCCACAGAUGAUCGUACUUGAUCCUGAGGGCACUGUUUCGCUCGGCGAGACGGUGAUGAAGAUGUCGACAUCUCAAUGGACCAUGAACACCAACUUCAACGCCGUCUUCCUCGACCUCCUUCUCCCGCUCGCCAAGAAGCACUCCGUGCCUCAGGACCAGAUGAUCAAACGGAUCUUCGUGUUCACGGAUAUGCAGUUCGAUGCGUCUCAGCAAACGGACAAGUUUCUGGAGACUGCACCGAAUGCGGCGGAGUGGGAGACGAACCAUGAUGUCAUCGAGAAGGCGUACAAGGAGGCAGGGUACGAGAUGCCGGAGAUCGUGUAUUGGAACCUGUCCACCGCGGAAAGAUACCCAGGUAUCACUGCUCCUGUGACCGCCGAUCGGAAGGGCGUUGCGCUGCUGGACGGGUACUCGCCGUCACUGUUGAAGGUGUUCAUGCCAGGUGGAGAGGAAGAAGAGGAGUGGGAGAAUGUGGUUCAGGACGGGGAGGAAGCGACGGUCAAGAAAACGUUCACUCCUGUGGAGUUUAUGACGAUGGCGUUGGGGAGGAAGAGUUUCGAUGGGCUGAUUGUCAUUGAUUGAUGAUUUGGUUUUAGUCACUGUAUCACUAGCAUUUCUCACCACUCGUUUAAAUUAUUUGUAUCAUAUUCAAUGCACGCACUUCUCAUCCAAAUGAAAUUCCAAGUUCUGAGCUUGUAA